ACAAGCCCGAAAGAUGCUGUGAUUCCGCAAUAAAAACACAAAAAUAGUAAAAAGAAAAAAAGAAGUCAUCUCUGUCACCUUCUUCGAUCAACCGGUUGUCUCCUCCGUCGCCAUCCCGAGUGCAACCUUUUGUUUUUUCUGAUGCAGGCAGCCUUUUGGUUUUCAUUAUGAAGGCACUCAUCCUCGUAGGGGGUUUUGGAACAAGGCUGAGGCCGCUGACCCUCAACGUGCCAAAGCCCCUAGUUGACUUUGCUAACAAGCCCAUGAUACUACAUCAGAUUGAAGCACUAAAAGCUAUUGGAGUGACUGAAGUAGUUUUGGCAAUUAGCUACCAGCCGAAGAUAAUGCAAAACUUCUUGAAAGAGUUCGAGAAAAAGGAUAUCAAGAUCACUUGCUCGGAAGAGACAGAGCCUUUGGGCACAGCAGGACCACUGGCUUUAGCUCGUGAUAUAUUGAGAGAUGACUCUGAUGAGCCCUUUUUCGUCCUCAAUAGUGAUGUUAUAUGUGACUACCCGUUGAAAGAAAUGAUUGAGUUUCACAAAUCCCAUGGUGGGGAAGCUUCCAUUAUGGUUACGAAGGUUGAUGAACCAUCAAAAUAUGGUGUGGUCGUCAUGGAAGAAGGGACUGGGAGAGUCGAAACGUUUGUAGAAAAACCAAAAAUAUUCGUGGGUAACAAGAUCAACGCUGGAAUUUACUUGUUGAACCCUUCUGUUUUGGAUCGGAUUGAGUUGAAGCCCACCUCAAUCGAGAAGGAGGUCUUCCCCAGCAUUGCAGCAGAGAAGAAGCUCCGCGCCAUGGUUCUACCCGGGUUUUGGAUGGACAUUGGUCAGCCAAAGGAUUACAUUACAGGCUUGAGACUGUACCUGGAUUCCUUGAGGAAAAGGUCCUCACCUGAUUUGGCUGUUGGGCCACAUAUUCUUGGAAACGUGUUAAUAGACGAGAGUGCUGUAAUAGGAGAUGGAUGUCUUAUUGGCCCAGAUGUGGCGAUUGGUCCCGGAUGUGUUAUUGAAUCUGGAGUUAGGCUUUCACGUUGUACUAUCAUGCGUGGUGUACGGAUUAAAAAGCAUGCCUGCAUCUCAAGUAGCAUUGUUGGAUGGCACUCAACUGUUGGGCGAUGGGCUCGAGUAGAGAACAUGACAAUCUUAGGAGAAGAUGUUCAUGUUGGCGAUGAAGUCUACAGCAAUGGAGGUGUUGUUCUACCGCACAAAGAGAUAAAAUCCAGCAUUCUGAAGCCAGAGAUUGUCAUGUGAACAAAAAUUGAUUGUAUGAUAUGGUAACUUUCUGGAAACUAAAGUGAAGAACACUGGUCUGUUCAAGGUUUUUCCAUUUGUCAAUGCGAUUGGCUGCAUGUUAGAAUGUUGUAGAGAUGAUUCAGUUCUAUGUUAUGUAUCCUUUCUUUUCAUGGAUUGUAAUAUGGAAGUACAUGCCAUUGAGGAAAAGAUAGCUGCAUUAUUACUA